CCCGUUUGAGUCAACAUCAGUCACCAUCAGCUGUUGUUUCACUCCUCCACACGUGAAAUGACAGAUUAAAAAAUACUGAAAAAUGUGGCUAAGUGUGUCAUCGACAGAGCGUCACACUUGAAAUUGUUUUGUUUGAAUCGCGAAUAUUCAUGUGUUUCGCGGAGUUUUAUUGAGUUUUUUUUUUCAUCUGAUAAAAUGAACGGAAGCCUCGGGCUGCUCCGCGGUGGUCCUGAUCAACAUCCAACGAGAUUCGCGGAUUAUUUUGUCAUCUGCGGACUCGACAAGGACUCUGGACUCGAGCCAGACAAGUAUUUCGGAGAUUCGCUGCAAUGUACACCGUUGGACAGGGCUUACAAGAGCAAAGUUCUUGGGCAUUAUCCGGACAGUGUGCCCUGGAAUCCAUUCGACGAGCAUGCAGUGUGUAUGCUGUGCCUCCCCAGCGGUCUUCGCUUCCGUACCCAGAAGCACUCAGUGGAGCCCUCAUUCCACUCGUUCGUCCUCACAAAAGAAGACGGCAGGCGAACCUACGGUUUCAGCCUGGUCUUCUACGAGGAGUGCCGAAACCGUAAGAUCUGCGCAGCCAUGCAGACCCUCCAAGCAAUGUUCAUAACCGAGCUCAGCAGCGGUCAGAACGGCACCCCACCCGCCCCAAGACGUGGCCAAGAAACCCACAACACGCGAUCCCUCCCCCGUCACUUCAAACUGUCGGCUCACUCGCCAGGAGCAGCCCUCGCCUACUACGACUCGACCAAAGACAAACUCCUCGUAACCAAAUCAAUCUCCCUGAUCUGCCAGCAGCCCUACCUGAACGCAGCCAAAACCUUCCUCACGAAUCUCUACAAAUGUGUCCCUCGUCACCCAGGCCCUGGCCUGAGCCUCGAAUCCUACGUAUACAACUUGCUCUACAACGUGCCCGUCCCCCUGCCAGGAAAAUCCCUGAAGUUCUUCGUACCAAACGACGAGCCAGCCAAAGCUCCCCUAGAGCUCUUUCUCCUCUACCCAAACCUCAGCACAGAUCUCCCCCUCCUCGACUACUCCAUCAAGGACAUGUUCACCUGGCUGGGGCCUGAGUGCGUCCUUCAGCUGUUCACCUGUGUCCUCCUGGAGAACCAGGUCCUCCUGAGAAGCACAGAUUUCCACAAACUGAUGGUGGUAGCUGAAUGCAUAACAGCUCUACUCUUUCCCUUCUCCUGGCAGCAUGUCUACGUGCCAAUCCUACCAGUAAGCCUCCACCACUUUCUCGAUGCACCAGUACCUUUCAUAAUGGGCCUUCAUGCGCAGACCGAGGGAAGCCACCUCAAAAUAGCCAGCGAAGCCAAUCUCUGUUACGUUGAUAUUGAUAAGCAAACUAGCCAAUUUCCGGAGGAGUUGCCAGUUUUUCCCAGGAAGAUGCAGUUUCUCGCGGAGAUAAGGACACUGUUGAAUAAGUACAAAGUACCACACAAUGAGAAGACUGAGAGUAUGGUCAUUAAUUAUUUGAGUGGUGACAUUAUGACCAGCAGUUUGACACUUCCACCAGGCUCGGGUUUCCAUGUGCCAAGGAGAAAACAUUCGCUGCAUGAUGUGCUUGAUUGGGAUAGGGAUGAGAUUGGGCCGAAUUCUGAUGCACUUCAGAGGAUUGUGGAUAUUGUGAAGAAGACGGGAAUCAGUCUUGAUGAUAUUGACUCGGUGGAGAAUAUGGCGAAGGAUAAGGACAAGGUGUUGAGUCCCCAGGAGGAGUACAGGGAGACUCUGAUAUUCAAUAAUGCUGUCAGGGAGAUUUUUCUCAAUCGGUUUGUGCAUCUGUUCUCUGGGUACGAUCACUUUGUCAUUCAUCCUAGUCAGGAUAAGGACGAGUGGAUGAAUAAUCGGGACAGCAUGCAUGUGUUUGAUAAGGCCACAUUCUUGUCCGAUCAACCUGCCCAGCAUCUGCCGUUUCUCUCGAGGUUCUUGGAGACGCAGAUGUUUGCAUCGCUUGUGGAUAAUAAAGUUAUGGCCUCGUGGAAUGAACUCGAUUGCAAUAUCAAGGUCUUUGACCAGAGGAUCUCGCAGAUAAAGAAAAAAGGAGGCGAAGGAAUUCUGAGGACAACAACCUACGAAGUGACGACGACAGUGGGAGAGACUCAAAGGCUGCUGGAGCAUAAAUUGAAUAACGUGGAUUUCGAGGCGACUCCUCCAACUGAAAUUGUACCCCACAGAGCUGCGUAUUUCAGAAGUUUUCCAUUGCUGGACGCAACGGCCCUCAAUAAGGAGCCUGCACAGAGUAUACUCCGCAGUAGGAAAGGUCAAACGCAGUGGAAAUACAAGAUGAAAUCGAUCGAGACGAAUGGCAAACCGCCCACGGCCCCCCAUCAGGAGACCCAAUCCCCAAGACCGCAGACGAAAUUGUCGGCAGACAUGAGUCCAGCACUGAUUGCCCAAGCAAAUUGGACAUUUGUCGAAAAAUUGCUCAAGGACUGCAAGUCGAAAACAAAGAGAAUGCUGGUGGAGAAGAUGGGGUCAGAGGCAGUAGCACUCGGCCAUGGAACUGAAUCUCUCGUAGAUGUUGAGGAGAAUACACUCGUCGCUAGUCUCUGUGAUUUACUCGAGAGGGUUUGGAGUCAUGGGCUGCAGAACAAACAGGGGAAGAGUGCACUCUGGACGCAUUUGUCGAUGUACCAGGAGCUGGAGGAGUGCAACGACUCGGCCAAGUCCAUUGAUCCGCACUUUUUAUCGCCUGCACCGAAAACAACUUCCAAUAAAACGCCGACUAAAGCGUACAGCUUAAGGGACCGACUGGUAUCAACGAUUAAAACGAGAAAUAUUUACGAAAUAGCUUCCUAUAUCAAGGAAAAUCUUAAUGAUUUAUCAAACUUGGCUUUGGAAACGGAUGUUUCUCCCACCCGUGGAGGAAGUGAUCGUCGAUCCGGCGGUGAGAGAAAAUCCAUCGGUCCGGAACACCUCCGCCCGCUGCCGGACUCUCUGACCUUCGACAUCCGAAACAUCCAAGCCAUGACUGAGAUUAAAACGCACAUUGGAUAUGCACGCGCCUGGGUUCGUCUCGCUCUCGAGAAAAAACUGCUGUCCCGACACCUGAAGACACUGUUAUCGGACACAGCGCUGCUGAGAAGUCAAUACAAGCGUUCAGCAUUCCUCCGCUGCGAGGAGGAGAAAGAGCAGUUUCUGUACCACCUUCUGACCCUGAACGCAGUCGAUUACUUCUGCUUCACGAACAACUACCCGACGACGAAGCUCCCCUACCGAGUGGUGAUAUUCCCGAGUAGAAAAGCGAGUGCAGCGACGACAUCAGCGAACAGUUGGGUGGCGAUGUCAGGAACUCUGUGCGAGACGAAUCCAGUGCCCAUUCCCAAGGGUGCCCUCGAGUUCGUCUUCCACCACAAGAACCUGGGGGUGCUGUCGACCCUUCGAAUAGGCCACGACAAUACCGGGCUGUCGCCCAAGUGGAUGGUGGAGCACGUGGUGGUGAGAAACGAGGUGACAGGUCACACUUUCAAGUUUCCCUGUGGUCGAUGGCUGGGUCGAGGGAUCGACGAUGGCUCCACUGAGAGAUUACUGGUGGGUGCACUGGUGCCCAGGAGCAUCGACAGUGAUGAGCUCGUGGAGACGUGCUCAACACCCCCCAGGUGUCGAUCUCCAAGCAUUCCACGACGUCCAACCCUGUCACCUGACGAGCUGCAGCACAUGCUGGGCGAGGCUGUCAAUGCCAUCGUCAAGUUCCAUUACAGGAGAGACCCUCAGGACGGCUCCCUCACUGCUCUGCUGUGUGGAGAGGGCGGGCUGGUGCCCUCUCUGGAGCAGACUUUCCUGUAUGGCUUCAAGAACCAGAGGAUCUUCGGGAGGAAUUUUUACGUCUGGGAUUAUCUGCUGAGGGUCAAGGAGAACUUUGAGAUGUCUCUCCUGGAGGAGAUGGACGAGUACUCCAAGCGGAUCAACAGGGACAGGAGGCUGCAUCAUGCUGAGAACAACCAGAGGUUCACUAUUCUCAGGUGCUACUGUCAUUUGAUCGAUCAGAUCAAUACUUUUAGUCAGACACUCGGGAAGGAUGGAAAGUUUCAGCUGUUUAUUUGCUUGUCUGCUAGGGAACAAUUGCUCCACCCAAUGCUUCGUCCGAUGAGUGAAGCCCGUUCAACAGCAGAGAUGUACGAGGAAACGUCGUUUCUGAGGAACCCAAGUCUCCUGCACUUUCUCAUUCACAUUCUGGAGCCCCUCAGUGAAUUCCACAUUGUCCUUGAAAAGAGUCUGACCCACGGGAUCUCGAGUAUAUGUUAAAGUUUGUACAAUAACCGUCUCACCUAGUUUAACGUGAUUUUUAACGAGUUACCUGACGAAUUAACUCGGGUUAAGGGAAUUAACUCGAGUCAUGAGAUUCUUGCCGCAUUUUUCGGAGAGAUGGAGCGAAAAUGUUGUCUUAGAGAAGUGAGAAAUUAAGUGUUUGUAGAUGAGGUUGAAAUUGUAGUUUCUUAUAAAUUGUGCGAGAGUUGUGGUGAAAGAUUUUAUGGAUUUUUUCAUUUAUUCAUUAUUUAAAUGUGGAGUUUGAAGGGAAGAAAUGAUGAGAGAUUUUUCUAAUUAUUUCAUUGACGAAUCAAUUUAUCUAUUGUUAAUUGAGGAUGAAUUAUCAGAAAUGGAUUUUGAAACAAAUUAAAUUUAUUCCACAUUUGUUAAAUUUGUGUUUAUUAACAUAAACGUUUAAUGAGAAUUGAAAUUUUUAUUCAAUUCACAAGUAGUUCAUACGCUUCUCCACCACAACUCUCACAAAUAUACAAAGACGUAUAAAUUUUACCAAAGAUAUUUAUAACGCUAUUAUUCCAUUUAUUGUUAAUACUUGUUUCAAUCGUUUCCAUUUGAUUUCUUCAUUAUCGAAAACCUCAAUUGUGAUUUAUCAUGGUUCACGUGACAUGACAUGAUAUUUUUCGUUCUUUUUUGUUAAUGUACAUACGUACGUUGUGUGAAAUCCAAGUGAUCAUUUGAUUUUUUUAUUUUUAAUUGCUUGGAAAAACUGCCGAUUUCGUUCUUCAGUCGUUUCGAGUUCAACUCUGUUGUGUAGUUUUUACUCUGUGAUGUAUCAUCCUCGAGAAAUUCUUCAUCAUUACUCUUUUGUACCUUUCAUUUCUCUCUCGUAAUUGAAGUGUUCAAUGGACAAAUACUAAAUACCUCUCGAAUAUUUAUUAUCGAUAAAGACAAAAAUGAUGGAAUAAUGAAAUUUUUAUCUGCCAUAUUACGUGACUUUUUUUCCUUUUUAAAUGUACUAGUGAGAGUUAGAUUAUAAUGCGAUUAUUAAGUUGCGUGUCGUAGGUUUAUAUGUGAAGGAGGGUCGCUCUGAUAUUAAAUCCUAGAAAUUCAGUGAAAGGAGAAGAGUCUAGAAUUUACUUCCAGAUUAUUAGCACACAUUCUCGACAUUCCCUUGAAGUGUUCGAAACAAUCUCCUCUUAAUCCUUUACAACAGAAUAAAAAGCAAUUUAAAAAACGUAAUGAAAUGAACAGAAUAAUGAAUUAAUUUCAAAUAAUUAAUAGAGAAAAGGGUUCUCAUUGUUUAUAAAUUAAAUCAGUACUAAAAUAGUAAAAUUAGAGAAGUCAGCUCAACUCAACAGCGAGUUUUUAAUAAAUAUAUUCGAAUGUAGAAGAAAUCAUAAGUUUUAUAACGAAUUUUUUUGUAGACAAAAAUGGAAAAGAUUUGAAAACUUCGCUAUCUUAUUAAAUUCGAGAUAUUCCAUAACAACCGAAGUCUCUAAUUUUUUCAUUCAAUCGGUAAUUCUCAGAUUUUAAUUGAACAGUCGACGAAUAGAUGGAUUAGCACAGCACCUCGACAAGCCCAAAGAAAAAUGAGAUUACUCAAAGAGAUGAAGACCCUCCAAGUCACGAAAACAAUAAUUAGACCAAAGUAGAAUUACUGUUAAGAUCUCCAGCAAAACCAUGUCACUAGUUGCUUCAAAUGUAUAUAAAUAUUGCAGACAGAUGAAUAGAAUAAGAGGUGCGCACACUCUCCAAAGCUGAAUGUACCAGAAGUAUCGAAUGCCAAAUAAUAAUGAAGAAAUGAUAUAUCUCCUAUUUAAAAAUCACUCUCGUCCAGUAAAUAAACCAUUCAGGACCAAUCAGGAAAAUUUUCAAUCACCCAACUUGACUCGCCGUUCCACUAACAUUAUAGAAUGUACAUAAAUAAAGUCUCAGAUAUUUGAAGUUGAUGUAAUCAUCUCGGAGGAUAAAGAGUAACGUAUUGUGUUAUGUAUAUAUAAGAAUUUAAAAUGUAAGUACCUAUUGUACAGUCGAAAUAUACCAGAAAUAAAUGAUGAAUUGAAAACGGGUA